AUGGGUAUCAAACAACUCUUCCAGAUCAUCAAGGAGGAAGCUCCAGAUGCGAUCAAGGAGAGUGAGAUCAAGAACCAGUUUGGUCGCAAAGUUGCCAUUGAUGCAUCGAUGAGUAUCUACAGUUUCCUCAUCGCCGUACGAUCCGAAGGUCAGCAGCUCACAAACGAGAGCGGCGAGACGACGUCGCAUCUCAUGGGCAUGUUUUACCGUACUCUCCGCAUGGUCGAUAACGGUAUAAAGCCCCUGUACGUAUUCGACGGUGCGCCGCCCAAGCUCAAGUCUGGCGAGUUGGCCAAACGUUUCCAGCGCAAACAAGAGGCCACCGAAGGCCUGGAAGAGGCCAAGGAGACGGGUACAGCAGAGGAUAUUGAGAAAUUCUCGCGACGAACUGUCCGCGUCACUCGUGAGCACAACGCCGACUGCCAACGCUUGCUGAAGCUCAUGGGCAUCCCCUACAUCAUUGCACCUACCGAAGCUGAGGCUCAGUGUGCUGUGCUGGCCCAGGCCGGCAAGGUGUAUGCAGCUGCCAGUGAGGAUAUGGAUACCCUCUGCUUCAACACUCCAAUUCUCCUCCGACAUCUUACAUUCAGUGAGCAAAGAAAGGAACCCAUUCAGGAGAUCCGCCUGGACAAGGUUCUUGAAGGCUUGAACAUGGAAAGGAAACAGUUUGUCGAUCUUUGCAUUUUGCUCGGCUGCGAUUACCUCGACCCAAUCCCCAAGGUCGGACCCAGCACUGCCCUCAAGAUGAUCCGCGACCACGGCUCCUUGGAGAAAGUUGUUGAGGCAAUGGAAAAUGAUUCCAAGAAGAAGUAUGUCAUCCCUGAGGAUUGGCCCUACAAAGACGCACGGGAUCUAUUUUUCGAGCCGGAUGUGCGCCAGGCCGAUCAUCCCGAUUGUGACUUCAAGUGGGAGAAGCCUGAUAUGGAAGGCCUGGUCAAAUUCCUGGUAACCGAAAAAGGGUUCUCAGAGGACCGUGUUCGCAGCGGAGGUGCUCGCUUAGAGAAGAAUUUAAAGAGCUCCCAGCAAGCCCGACUCGAGGGCUUUUUCAAGCCGAUUCCAAAGACGGAAGAAGAGAAGGCAGCGCAUAAGCGAAAGCUGGAUGAGAAGAACGAGGAGAAGAGAAAGAAGGCCAAGCAGGAGAAGAAAGACAAGGCGGCUUCCAAGUCGAAACCCCGAGGUACAAAGUAA